UGUCCCAAAGAAACCCUAAAAGAGAAAGAGAAAAGAAAAAAAAAAGUUGAGACGAAUAUACAGAAAACCAAAAAUGGCGAAGAAGCUUGUUACAAUGUUGGUGAUGUGCAUUGUUGUUGUUGCAGCAUUUCACGUACCGGAGGCCGAAGGGUGGGGCGAGAUGCUUAAGGAUUUUAAGGAAUGUUACGGCCCUUGCAAGCAGGAAUGCCUUGACGGUGGCAACGGCUUCACCUUCUGUGAAAUGAAGUGCGACACCGAGUGUGGAGCAAAAGAAUUUACUGAUAAAAUAAAUCAAAUGAGGAAUUAGACAGAAGAUCUAGGAGGACGCAGUUGCUCCCAUCACUUGGUGAGAGGGAGAGUACAAGACUAGGCUACAAUAAAGUUAUUGUGAAGAAUAUCAUAUAAUUCUUCCAGUGCCAAGUUGUUUUUAUUUUUUAUUUUUUAUUGUUUUCAAGAGCCAUGAUUAAUGAUAGAGCUCAAGCGGCUUAAUUGAGUGAGCCCUCAAAUACAAUGUUGUAUGAAUUGUAUCAUUUUAUUAGAUCAAUGAAAGCUGCAAAAGCAGUACAUAUUUGAAAUACAA